AUGAUAACAUUAUAUAUUCGUAAUUCGUAUACGAUUUGUGUAUUAUUUUAGUGCCAACACGAGAACGUUGCACCAUGGAUUCGGCUUUCGCAGUACCCCUCACCCUCAAGAAAUUCCACACAAGACUGUAUUACUUGGUAACAACGAAAAGGACAGCGCUGGACCAAAUUCAAAUAAACGAAUAUAAGCGUUUGUUGAAAGACGCCCGAUGUACUUCAAUUAGUACCAAUUUAAAAAUUAUGUUUGAAAACGUCAUAGAAGUCCUUGCUAAUUCAAAAAUUUUUCUAACGGUUUCUCGAGAGGUACUUAAUAGUUUUGUCAUAGAAAUCUUGCCCACUUUGAAAGAUAAACUGGCCCUCCAUUUGGCUAAUUUCAUACUGUAUAAAAUAAGUUACAGGAAAACAUAUUUUGAUCAAGUAGUAGCCAGCACAUAUCUAUAUUUAUAUAGGUUAAAUAUAAAGGAAAAAAAAUGGAAAGAAGGACUCCAGAAGCUGAUCUGUAUUCCAUUUGAAUCGGAACAAAUACAAUUUUCAAUGGAUUUAAAAAUGGAAAUAUUUAUUAGAAUUGUACAUUACUACUUGGAAGAAAAUAAUCCAAUACUAGCAGAGUUUUAUGUUAUGAAAGCUGCAAGAAUACAGUUUCUAAUAAACAAUGAAAAUCUUGGGAAUUGGUUUAAAGUGUAUUAUGCACGCGUAUUAGAUCAUCGUUGCAUGUUUAUUGACGCUGCACGUGAAUAUUAUGAAGUGUUUUGUAUAAAUGAGCUCGAUGCAUUGGUACGCUUAACAUUAUUGAAAGCUGCUUUUAUAUGCACAGUACUAUCUCCAUCUAAUUACAAACGAUUCAAAAUGUUAAAACAAUUUUAUGAUGAAGACAUGCGAUAUAAAAUCCUGAAAAUGUUACCUGAUCCAAUUUUAAAAAAACUUUGCCUGGGUCAUCUGAUUCAACCAGACGAUAUUGAGCCUAUACGAGAACUCCUUAUGCCAUAUCAUAAGGAAAUAAUAACAGACAAUUGCUUAUCUUUAUUGACUGAAGCUUUAGUUGAACAUAACAUUUUUGCGGUCAGUAAACUGUAUAAAUGUAUUAAAAUGAAGUAUCUAGUAUAUUUAUGGAAAAUUGAUCAAUAUAAAAUUGAAAAAAUAGCAAGAAAAAUGAUUUCUGAAAAACGUAUCAAAGGUUUAAUUGAUCACAUUGAUGGUUUUAUUUACUUUAAAUGCUCCCAAAAUGUGGAAAAUUCAAUAUCAACUUUUAAUAUCAAAUUUGAAUCUGUGCGCUGUCAUGAAAAUGCUAUUAUUCAAAUCAUGUUUACUAACUCGCAAAUGUAAUAAGUAUUCUGAUAAUCAAAC